GUUACAGAAAGAACGAGCCGAAAAAGAGAAGCGGGCGGACCAGUCAGCGGAUGUCCUUCCAAAGUUACCGUCUCAAGGAGCCAAUUCCAUCACAGGCAAAAAUAGCAGUUACAGAUCCGAUAGCGAUACUUUGGAUAUAUCGUAUAAUUGUUAA